GAAACAGUGAGACGCUCAAACUCGCAACUCUCCUCUUCUUCUCUGCUCUUCUCUGCUCCGGAGAGAGAGAGAGGGAAGAGGCGAGAUUGCCAUCGCCGCCCGGCAUGAAGAUCCUAGUGGCCGUGAAGCGGGUGGUGGACUACGCCGUCAAGGUCCGCGUCAAGCCCGACCGGACGGGCGUCGAGACGGCCAGCGUCAAGAUGUCCAUGAACCCCUUCUGCGAGAUCGCCGUCGAGGAGGCCCUCCGCCUCCGCGAGGCCGGCGCUGCCUCCGAGGUCGUCGCCGCCACCGUCGGCCCCUCCCAGUCCGCCGACACCCUCCGCACCGCGCUCGCCAUGGGCGCCGACCGCGCCAUCCACGUCCUCCACGACCCCGACCCCGCCCGCCCGCUCCUCCCCCUCGCCGUCGCCAAGAUCCUCCACGCCCUCGCGCUUCAGGAGAAGCCCGGACUCCUCAUCCUCGGCAAGCAGGCAAUCGAUGAUGAUUGCAACCAAACAGGACAAAUGCUAGCUGGGUUGCUUAAUUGGCCACAAGGAACCUUUGCUUCAAAGGUUAUAUUGGAUAAGGAAAAGGCCACUGUGGAGAGAGAGGUCGAUGGUGGAAUUGAGACUAUCUGCUUGGAUUUGCCUGCAGUGAUCACCACGGAUUUGAGACUGAACCAACCAAGGUAUGCAACAUUGCCAAACAUAAUGAAGGCAAAAUCAAAAGUCAUCAAGAAAGUCACACCUGAAGAUUUAAAUGUAGAUAUCAGAUCAGACAUGGAAGUAGUUCAGGUCACUGAACCACCCAAGAGAAAAGCCGGUGUCAUUCUUUCAUCCGUCGAUGAGCUCAUUGACAAGUUGAAAAAUGAAGCCCGUGUUUUGUAACAUUCUUGUUAGGGAAAAUUGCUCCUUGGCUAAGGAGUGUGGUAUUUGCUAAUAAAGUGUAAUUAGCUCAAAAUAGUCAUCAUAUGCAAAUAAAAAUGUGGUGCUUGCCGAAAAAAAUUGAAAAUAUAUCAUUUUCACUUCUUUUGCUUGAAUAUACGUGUUCGGAGUUUAUUUGCAAAAAUAUGCAUACGUUGUCCGGUGGCGCGCCAUGGGGCGCGCUGGUGGACAGCGGCAAUGUAAAAACAUCACAUCAUGUCUUACCUGCCAGUUCUUCAUUCAACAUAGUAAAACAUCAGAUCAUUUCUCAC